AAGAGGGAGAUCUCAAGUUUCAACUAUACAACGGAAAAGAUUCUUCAGAAUUGAGACUUAAACCCCUGAGUGCUGCUCUCUGCUCUCUCAUGGCGACGCUUUUUCAUUUCCCCGUUUCGCACCCUCUCUCUUCCCGUAGACGUUCCUUUUCUUUUCAUCUUCCAUUGCCCAACUCCCACAUUAGCAACCGCCAAAACUGCCGUUACUCUACGGUUUUUGCUUCUUCAAUCAAGAAAUCUCCCAGAGCUAGUAGGAAGGUGAAGAGCGAUGCAGAUCUUUACAAUGAUAUUAGAGAAUUCUUAUCCUCUGUUGGUCUUCCAGAAAAUCAUGUGCCCACCAUGAAGGAGCUCUUACACCAUGGAAGGCAAGAUCUUGCAAAUGUAGUCAGGCGUAGAGGAUACAAAUUUAUUAAAGAGCUUCUUGCAACCUCAUCCAUGGAAAAAUUCACUGGAUCCAGUAUUGACACGGGUCAGACUGGAUUGAUGGAGGUGCUGGUGGAUCUGGAGAAUGAUAAGCUGAAAGUUUUAUAUGAUGAUGUAUUGUCAAAUGAGAACGUCCAAGGUGAAGAAUUCCGUGGUUGCACAGAAACAGAUGAACAGUUCAAGCCAGAUGAACAAAGCUCUGUUGCUGCAGGGUCAAGAACUUUAUCCUUGCAGGAAAAGGUGGCUAGAUUUAUUCAGCAUGGGGAAUUGGAUAAAAUUGAAGAUACUGGCUCUGGAGUUACGAAUGAAAAACAGGCUGAGGAAGCAGAGAGGAACAUUGAAUCAGAAGAUUCUCAUGAACCAGAAUAUGGAUCCAGUUAUCAUGAACAGAAAAAUCUUAUGCUAUGUAGUACCAGUGGUGCUGAAACCUUAAAUGGAAAUUUUCCUUCAUCAGUCCAGAAGGUCGAAGAUCCCGCAUUGGAAAACAGAAUCUCCAGGAACAGUUAUAUUUCAACUGAAGAACAAAGAAGUAAUGGUCGUGGCCAAGAUGUAAAUGACGAGAAAGUGGAGAAUCAAGCUGAAAUUAAGCGUCUCAAAUUCUUGCUGCAUCAGAAGGAAUUGGAGCUCACCCAACUGAAGCAGCAGAUAGAAAAAGAAAAGCUUGCCUUAUCGGUUUUGCAAAGUAAAGCAGAAACAGAAAUAAGCAAAGCACAGAAGCUUAUUUCUGAGAAAGAGAUUGAACUGCAUGCUGCAGAGGAAACCCUAUAUGGGCUAAAGGAGGUUGACAUCCAAUACUCGGGGGAUGGGGAAACUGUGGAGCUAGCUGGUAGCUUCAAUGGCUGGCAGCAAAGGAUUAAAAUGGAUCUACAGCCAUCAUCAAGUAUCACUGAUUCUACUGGAUCGAGGACAUCUCAACUUUGGCGAGCAGUGUUGUGGCUGUAUCCUGGGGUUUACGAGAUAAAGUUUGUUGUUGAUGGUGUUUGGAGAAUUGAUCCUCAAAGGGAGUCGAUUUCCCGGAAUACUGUACAUAACAACAUUCUUCGAGUAGAUAGAUGAUUUGUGCUUGCACGUGAGCUAUAUCCUGAUCUUGUACAGAAUCACAAGCUGAUCAAGUGAUGCUAUGGACAUGAUUGAGAUCCACAAGAAGAAGACCGCAUUAGAUUCUGAUUACCAUUUUGCUGUCAGCCCUUGACACUGCUGUCUAGAACUGAUGGAAAAUCACAGUCAAUUGCCAUUUGAUUGGUAAUACAAUUGUAUGAAAGUGAGGGUAUGAGAUUGUUUUUCAACUUGAUUAGUCAAUGACACUGCCCUCUGAAGUUUUCUGAACGAUUUCUCUUUCCUGCCUGAGAAUUGCCUCAACUCAAAA